AUGUCAGUGUUGCAGAGCCACCAAUGUCUCUUCUCCUUCUCCACUUCCGCCUUCUCUCCACCUCACCGUCUCCGUACCACGCGUCUCACCUCUCUCUAUCGUCCACCGGAAUCUAUCUCCCCGUUCCUAACACUCUCGGCUUUCACCCGGAAUAGAAUCCGAGUUUCCGCCGUCGAAGAAACCUCCGAUGUAGAGGUAGAAGACGGUCCUAUCGAGCUUCCUCCCUCGGCAACAUCUCCGUUUUCGACUACUAACUCAAUAUUCGCCACUUCCGACGACCCCUCUCCUCUCCAGUUAGCCACCAGCGUAAUGCUAACCGGCGCCAUCACUGUCUUCCUCUUCCGAUCAAUUCGACGGCGAGCGAAACGCUCCAAAGAGCUGACGUUUAGAUCGAGUGGAGCAGCGAAGAAGUCGUUGAAAGAUGAAGCGAUGGAGAAACUGAAAGCAAUGGGGUCUGCUCCGAUGGAAGAAGGUAAGUCUACUCCAUCGGCGGCGCAGGCGUUUCUUGGUGCGGUUUCAGCAGGUGUCAUUGCUGUUAUUUUAUAUAAGUUCACUACUACCAUUGAAGCUGGACUCAAUCGCCAGACUAUUUCUGAUAACUUCUCGGUUAGGCAAAUCACAGUAACCGUAAGGACUAUCAUAAACGGUAUAUGCUAUUUAGCAACAUUUGUUUUCGGUAUCAAUGCUGUCGGACUGCUCCUUUACUCUGGUCAGCUAGCCUUCAAUGAAGAGUCUGAUGAUGCCAUGAAGGCCAGAACAGAGCCUGGAGACUCAUCUGGUAACAACAACACUGAAGUAAAUAAAAGCAGUGAGGAUCAAAGUUCGGGUGAUACUGAGUAGACAGGUCUUUGUACUUGUAUUUUGUACUAUGAAACAUGUAAUAAUAAUAAACAAAAUAAAGUUUUUAUUUGAAUAUUUUGUAACUAUGUACCUGUUUGUUGGGACGUGAUUAGUUGGUGUUAGGUUCGAUGGGACAUUAUCGACCAGAGAAAGAAGACAUUAAACUAACGGACAAAAGAAGGAUACAGAUUUUCAUGAAAAGAAAACAUUGGAAUAGCGCAAGAAAUUAAUUGUGACUAACAAAAACAAAAUUUACAAACAAGGACAAAUAAAUAUUCGGAAAUUAUUAUUACACCCCAAAUAGUUUCUCUUAUUCUCACUCAACCCUUUCAUCUAGAACCCUACUCCGGCGCCGCCGCCGACUCCGACGGUUGCUGGAGGAUGAGCCUCGAGCUUCCGAUUCUUCCAGAAACAAGCUUCCGGCGCAAGCUUCGAAGCUGACUUCCUCGGCUCCGAUUUGCAACGUGGCAACACCGGUGGCUCGUACCCCUUAUUAUUACCUCCGACUACCUUCUGCUCCCUAACCGAAGCAGCCGCCGUUAAUAACGGCGGAGCUGCCGGAUAUGAGCACGACGACCGUGGCGGCUGUAACAGAGAUUGGUGAACAGGUCGUUUAUCGAUUGAACGCCGGCGAGAUGAUGCGUUUGAAUCAACGGCGGAGACAAUUCGUUUCUUCGGUUGUUGUUGUUGAUGAUGGUGAUGAUGAUCUCCGGUAGCUUCUGUUAUCUUCUUAGCCGGAGGUCUUCCCGGUUGACAUCUAACGAAAUCUGUGGAGCAGACCCAAGUCUCCUUUGAGACUUCCAUGGAAAGCUUUGGCUCACACAUCAUUAGUAACAGACAAUCCGGUAACACCUUAUACGGCGUCGUUUUCUCUUUCUCAGCUGUUUCCUGUUGUUGUUGAUCUCCUCCUCUGGUUAUCACUUCCGGACUCGGGUCGGGUUCUCUGUUUCCUUGGUUGGAUCUUUCUACGUUUGGUGUCACAGAGGCAGUUAGCUCUUCCUCUUCUUUCCUUUCUUCUUCUUCUUCCAUCUCAGUUAUAUGCUCCUCUUCUUCAAUAGCCUUUCUGAGAUCAUCUUCAAUGAGUUUAAUGAUCAUAGCUUCAAUCUCUUCCUCUUGUAUCUUGGAACCUUCUGAAUCUUCAGAAACUUCCACAAGUUCUUCCUCUUUAGGAGUUUCUGGAACUACUACCACAACCUCUCUCUCAACAAUAGUCUCUCCAGAGAUCCAUUUCUCACACAACUCAAUCCGCUUCUUAUCCUCCAAAUCGAGCUCAAACCUCCUCCUCUCCUCAUCCUCUUCCUCCUCUCUUCCACACGCGCCUUCAUCAAGCGACAUCUGUCUCUCACGAACCCGGUUAGCUAACGCCGCCACCUUAACCGGAUCAGAUCUACACCUCAUCAACAGCAAAGCAUUCUUCGGCGGAGAACAGAAAUUAACCAUCUCCCUCUCUCUCCUCUCCGUCUUCAUCUCAAUCUCACUCAAAUCAAUCCCCUCGAAAACAUGCCUCCGCCGACUCCUCCUCCUCAUAUCCUCCACCUCAUCCUCCGCCGCCUCCUCUCCACCUCCGACCACAAGCUCAAUCUCCCUCCUCUUCCCUCCCGUCUCCUCCACCGCCACGAACCACCGCGUGAACACCGCGCCGCACGAGCCUCCUCCUCCUCCGCAUCCGCCACCACCGUUAUUGCUCUCACCUCGCCUCCCGUCGGCGCAAGAGGAUCUACACGGGGAGGAGAAGCAGUUAAGGUCGGAGCCGAACGAUCUCAACGACUCGCAGAUCGUCACGGGGAAAUGAACCCAACGGUUCUCGCUCGCGUCGAAACGACACCCUCCUCUGUCGUUUUGAUCACUCGAUGAUCUCCUGAAGCUGCUGCUCGUCUCGCCUCCUUUCCUCCUGGAUCUCGCUCUCAUCUUCUUCUUCACAUGCUUCCUCGUCUUCACCCUUACUUGUCCGAUACACGUCACCUUCGGAGACGAAGGCUCUAUGUUAUUGUUAUUGUUAUUAUUAUUGUUAUCGUAGCCGGAUCCAGAUCUCUUCCGUACUCCUACGUUGUUACCGAACAUCGGAGAGUUGAGAACUCCUGCUGAGGCGUUUUUUAAGCUGCCGCUAGUACGGAGACGACGGCUGAGAGAAGUGGUGAGACAGGCGGAGCGAGCUGGGCUGAGGGAAGAGAGGCGCAUGGAGGAGGUAGAGGAAGAGAAGCGAGAUGUGAAACAAAUGAAUAAAUCUGUUGAAGAAGAAGAAGUAGCGUUUCUUGUGUUGUUGCUGCUACUGUUAAUACUUGAAGAACGGUGGGGUCUCUCAGUUUCCGCCAUUGUUAUCUUUUUUUUUUUUUACUGUGAGAGUGAAGUAGAGACAUAGACAUUUGGAGAUGGUAUAGUUUUCAAGACUAAAG